AUGAAACAAAAAAAUGGAAAAGAAAAAUUCUAACCUUCAUGAAUUGAAAUAUACAUUCAGAUGUUUGAUUUCCAUGUGAUUUUCUUUCUUCUUUAGAAACUUGGAUUGCGUGGUUACGGCCUUGAGCGAGGAUCAGCUCCUGGCUCAGAGCCACCGAAGAGGGAAAAUUUCUGAAAAUUUAUUUUUGAUGAUUCGAAGGGGUGAAUUCUGCAAAAUAUUGAAAAAAUUGGUGGUGGGAAUUGUGAUGGGCUGUUUUUGUUGCUUCAAGCAAAACACUGAAGCAAAUAAACAGAGAUUAGCAAAUAAUGCAAGAGAAAUAAGAAAAGGGAAGACUCUAGCCAACCUCGUGGAUAACAUCUCUCUGGAAUCAGCGACUACCAAGCACCGGACAGUAGCUGACGAGAUUUUACAGAUAGAAAACAAGAAUACUAAUGAGGCCAGAGUUUUCAAAUAUGCUGAACUAAUGAAAGCAACCGAUGAUUUCAAAGAGGAGAAUCUAAUAGGUGAAGGAGGCUUCGGAAGAGUAUACAAAGGAUACCUUGCUGAGAAAAAACAAGAAAUUGCAGUGAAACAACUCGAUAAAAAUGGUUUACAAGGAAACCGAGAGUUUCUAGUUGAAGUUUUGAUGCUGAAUCUACUUCAUCAUGAGAAUCUAGUUAACUUGAUUGGAUAUUGUGCUGAAAAUGGACAGAGACUUCUUGUCUAUGAGUAUAUGAAGAAUGGUUCUUUAGAGGAUCACCUCCUUGACCUCCCACCAAAUAAGAAACCUUUAGAUUGGACCACAAGAAUAAAAAUAGCAAUAGGCGCAGCAAAAGGCCUCGAAUAUCUACAUGAUGUAGCCAAUCCACCAGUGAUAUAUCGCGAUUUCAAAGCGUCAAACAUACUUCUUGACGAGAAUUUCGAGUCGAGGCUAUCUGAUUUUGGGCUAGCUAAGGUGGGUCCCAGUGGAGAUAAAUGUCAUGUAUCGACACGGGUUAUGGGCACGUAUGGAUAUUGUGCACCGGAGUAUGUUCUGACAGGUAAAUUGACGAAGAUGUCUGAUGUGUAUAGCUUCGGGGUUGUGUUCUUGGAGAUAAUUACAGGGAGGAGAGCUGUUGAUACUUCAAGGCCUUCAAAUGAGCAGCAUCUUAUUCAUUGGGCAGAACCACUGUUCAGAGAUAAGAAGAGAUUCAUAGAAAUGGCUGAUCCCUUGCUCGAAGGAAAUUUCCCCACAAAAGCUCUAUACCAAGCUCUUGCAGUUGCAGCAAUGUGUCUUCAAGAAGAAGCAAGCACUCGUCCAUUGAUCAGCGAUGUUGUUACUGCUCUCCAGUACUUAUCAAAGAACAAUAAGAUACAGGAGAGCUCUAAAGACUUGAGCAAAAGGCCUAGUACUGAUGACAAGGGAAAUGAUGAUGAGGAUGGAGGAGGAGAAAAAAGGAUAUAAGGGACUUGAAGAUUCGGAUCAUUUGUAAUCAAAUCGUAAAUUGAUGGAUUGAUUGUUUUAAUGAAGUGUUGUACUCGGCUAAUUUGAUUGUUAGAAGUUGCUUCUUUUGUUUUCAGGAAUUUGGUUUGGGAUUGUGCAGGUUUCAUUCAUAUUAAA